UCCUUCCAGCUACAUCAGGAAAUAAACUGCAAACAAAACAAUAAGCUGUACUAUAUUCCAAGUGUGGUUGUUCAAUAUACCAAGAUGGAUUAAAACGAUGUGUUUCUCGCUUUGGCAUGUAGAAGUCGAUAUUACCUGUUCGGCCUUGAGACUUGACAACAUUAUGUACGCCGGCAUACCAACAUAAUUUUAAAAUUAUACAUUUUGUGAACAGUCACUUUGGUAUCUGUUCAGCUCGUAUGUAGUUUGUGCUUCUGACAUAAGUUAGAGAUACUUCAAUUUUCAAUUUUUAUAUUAAGUAUUUUUUAAAAUGCCAUAUAAGGUCACAUAUUUCAAUGUAACAGCCUUAGCUGAACCCAUCAGGUUUCUACUUUCAUAUUUAAAUGAAGAUUUUGAAGAUAAUCGAUUUGAACGCGAAUUAUGGCCAACUCUCAAACCAAAUAUGCCUUUUGGUAAAGUUCCCAUAGUAGAAAUUGAUGGAAAAGUAUUAAACCAGUCUACUGCAAUUACUCGUUAUCUAGCUAAGAAGGCAGGAUUAGCUGGAAAAGAUGAUUGGGAAUCAUUACUUAUUGAUAUUUCCGUGGAUAAUAUUCAUGACUUGAGACAAGCACUUGCAAGUUACUCUUAUGAUCCAGAUGAAGAAUCAAAACAGAAGAAAUAUGAUCCUUUGAUAAAGGAAACAAUUCCAUUUUAUAUGAAAAAAUUUGAAAGUAUUGUUACUGAAAAUAAUGGAUACUUUGUGAAUGGAAAGCUGUCUUGGGCUGAUUUAUUCUUUGUAUCAAUCAUGGAUUACCUAAAUUAUAUGGCUGGCUUUGAUUUGUUGAAAGAAUACCCUAAACUACAAGCUCUUAAAGCAUCAGUUGUUGCUAUUCCUCAGAUUAAAGCUUGGAUUGCUAAACGACCAAAUACUAUUUAAAAUUAAAGCAUAAUAUUUUUAUAAAUCAUUUUAAAUUUUAUAUUUGUGUUAUUAUUCUAUGUAGUUCAUUUAAAUUAUUUACUAUUUUUGUAUCAUUAUUGUAAUGAAACAUAUUUUAUUUAAAUUUAGGAUAUGAUACUAAACUAGCAAUUUUUAUAAUUACAUCUUACAUAAAAAUAAAAAUAAAUCUUGGAAUUUAAAAAAGGUAA